AUGGCCACCGCAGAUGUUAUUCUUAGUCGAGCAAGUCUUCACGCUUCUCUCCUAGCGCCGGCUGCCCUGAAUCUAGUUGCCUUAGUCACCCUCGGAGGCUCGGAGCCAACCUUACCUUCCUUAGUCACCAUUGCCGGCCUCAGGCUGCCGCGCUAUUCCUCUGCAUUGUCUGCAACAACCCUUCUGCGGGCAGAGCCGAGUACCUCAGGACUCAGGACUCAGGAGUCGACACGAAGAUUCUACCGUAAAUUGCCAACAGGCCGCCCGCUCUCGAGAAGACUCGGCGCCAAGGCCAGAAGGACGGAUGCUGAGACCCAGGUCCGAGACUCCUAA